UCAUGCUGCUGCCAGGUCCACAGUGUCUCAUGCCAUGUGCCACUUUCAGGUCCUCACACUGCUGGUGUGUUCAAUUUUUUGACAUAGGGUGCUGGCAGAUUACGGGCCUCCCAUAGCUGCUGCCAGGCCCCUAAUCUGCCAUGGGCCCCUAUUACCGCCUCCUCAUGCUGCUGCCAAGUCCAGAGUCUGUCAUGGGUCCCUGUACGGCCUCCCAUUGCUGCUGUCUCCAUCGCCACACUCUGCCAUGUGCCACUUUCAGGUCUCCUCACACACUGCUGGUGUGUUCAAUUUUUUGACAUAGGGUGCUGCGCAGAUUUACGGGCCUCCCAUAGCUGCUG